AUGAACCAGAUCUUCGGUGACAUUAAAGAUGCCAUAUUUUACAUUGAUGAUUUACUUAUAACCGGAAAAAACGACGUAGAUCAUAAUCACGACAAAAUUGAAACAAUAGCGAAUAUGCCAGAACCAAAAUCAGCUGCUGAAUUAUUAACAUUUUUGGGAAUGGCUGGCUACUACAGAAAAAUUUUGAACAAUUUUGCAGAAAUAGCCAAUCCUCUAUAUAAAAUCAAAUUGAUUAGUCUUCCUCCUGCUUUGACUUAUUUUAAUCCUGAAUUACCUAUAGGAAUUGCUACUGAGACAUCUAAAUGUGGUUUAGAAGCUGUAUUAUUUCAUACUGAAAAAGACGGCAAAGAAAAACCAAUAGCUUUCGCGUCAAGAACUUUAUUAAAAUCCGAAAUGAACCAUACCAAUAUUGAGGGUGAGGCUCUCGCUAUUAUGUUCACUAUAAAGAGGUUCCAGGAAUAUUACUCCACCAGAAAAAAUGGUUGUUUAAAAAGAGUUAUUGUAUACCCCAUCAAAUAUUUAAUUAAUAUUAAAUCCCAUAUGUCUUCUUCGCAUACCUUUCCUUCAUGUCAAAAACUGAUACAUCUUAGAAAGAACGGAUGCUUACAAAUUCAUGGUUCUUCUUCUGCUAGAUGUCAAUACUCCGGCCUUCCUCCACAUUCCAUUAUCAACAAUUCGACUUUUAUUUCCGCAAAUAUCGUUCCACCUCCUCAAAAUUCGAAUUCAAGCUUUUCAGAUUUUUUUCUUGAUCACCCAAAACCUAACAUUAUUUCAAGGAUCCCCAAAGGUGCAAGAUUGACGGUGGCCAAAUCCUUUACAGACUGUCUAUCAUCCCUAUUGCUAAACUUUAAUAAUGAAAACGAAUGCCUUAAAUUUCUUUUCUAUGGCUAUAAUACUUUCAAGGUGCCAGACAAAACUUCACAUAAAUCCCUAACCCAAUCAAGGAUUCUGCUUCAAUAG